AGAGCCACGGGGAGUAUCGGGGCUCGGUGCUGGCUGCCCGAAGGGAGCAGCGGCGCCUUCCUGGAGAGGUGCGGAGCUUAACUUCCAAAUGGGAGAGAACCUGAGCACUCCCUGCGCCUCUGUGGGCAACAGAAACCUCGAAGGGAGAAGGUCAGCGGUGGGCUCUGAGGUGACGAUCGCGCAUUCCGCUCCAGAAACGUCGGGAAUGGUGUCCCGGUCACCUGCUACGCAGUAGCCCCAGGGAUUUCCCAAAAGGCAGCUUUCCUUCGGGCACUGAGGAGUGAGCCCUGUACUCCUGGUACCGGUUCUGCGCACCAGCCGAUGCCCGAGGAGUGCUGAUGAUCCUGUCCUUUCUCUCUCUCCUGCUUAGGAAGAGCCCUUCUCCCGACCCUGGAAGGCCCUGACACAGCUCGCCAAUCUCCGUGUUCAGGGGUUUAUGUGGGAAUCAGAGCAGAAUGGAUCGGUAUCGAUAUUUCAUCUUUAACCAGAGGAACAUGGUCGUGCUGGGGAUGUUCCAGAUAGCCUUCAGCACCAUCUGUGUCACCAGUGGGUUCAUAGAUGGCAUUUUCAGAACAGAGUCUCAGCUGGGCAAAACCAGAGCUCCAGUUUGGGCUGGCAUGGUGAUGGGAGUCCCAGGCGUCCUGGCUUUGUUCUCCUCGCAGAGGAAGAAUCCAGUUCUUGUGAAUAUACUGAUAGUUGCUUCCAUAUUCUCUUGUGUCGCCACCCUCAUUAUAAUAGUUUAUAGCUUCUUCACGCUGAACUAUGGUGAAGAGGAGGAGUUGAGUCCUGCCCCAGUCCAUGUUAUCCAUACUAGGUUCAUACUCAAUAAAGUUGUCAAGGGUGCUAAUAUAGCCCUGCUGGCUGUAUCCAUCUGCAGUGCCUUUUUGGUACUGGCCAUGGCUUACUUGGGAUGCCGGAGUCUUCCACACUGCUCCUGCUAUGACAGUGUAACUGGGAUGGAAUGGUUGCAACCUAGUGAGGACCAAAAUCAGGCUGUGGAAAUGGUUUGUGCUGUACAAAACUCUGGGGGGACAAUUUUUAACUUCACAGAUCAGUUUCCGGCCCCGGAUGUAGAUGCAGAGGAAAACACAUCCAAACCUCCACCAUAUAUCAGAAUGACUUGAAAAAAUGGCCGAACAUCUUAUUCAAAUGUGGCAAGAGAGGUGCAAGAAGUUCUUAAUCUUUAAAGAUGGUUAUGCACUUUUCCUUGGCCAUUUGAAAAACAAAAACACACAGAGUGAACUAGUGAAUGUCCAACACUGAGCAGAGAUCACAGUGUAGAGGGAAAGAUCUGCAGGUGAUUUUGAACUUUCAGGCUUUGUAUAGUAAAAUACCUCAUUGCCUCUGGAAAGUGAGAGCAUUUUUUCCUCCGGCUUUUUACUUAAAUCAUGUCUUAUUUCAGUAAAAUUCAUCAUGUAAUUUGCAUAGCAGUGCUAGCCCUAGGUGCUUAAAUAUUAAAUACAAUCUUUUUUCUUCAACUGCUUUCUCAGUUUCUCUCUCUUACUGCAUGAAUUAUUUGUAUAACAAUGAAGGAUGCACUUCAUCCUGGAGCUUCAGAGUGUUUUCCUUUUCAUCUUGAUAGGAAAGGGGCAAAUAAAGUUUUUGAUAUGAAACCUUAAUAACACCAUUCAGAUACCUCCGUCAAAAUGUGGUUUCUGUGGGGUGUACAUGUCUCAAUAAAAUUAGUGUUAGCACUGAACUGUAACUACAGAGUGUAGCAGGAACUGGAGCUGCAGUUGCUCCUCUUAUAAAGUAACUUGAGUGCUCUAAAUUCAGUUCAACUUUUCCUAUUUCUACUUUGUAGAUUGUUUAAAAUAAAACCUUAUUUUAGGGCCUGUUUUACUAAAAUAUAUUACAGAUCUAGACCAGGGUGUUUUGUUUUAUUUUCUCUAGGGGACCUCUUGGUCCUCUAGACCAAGGAACUACAGCUUCCAGUCAGAUUCUGUCAUCUCGUAAAGAGCAUAUAAUUCCCAUAUGUACUUUAUGUUUCACUUUUAAGUGAAUGUCAAGUGUUUAUCUUGCCUGCAGGCUUUGAGCAGGUGAGGAGUGGGUAGAAGGUAUCCCUGCUCCCUAGCAUUCAGCACCCUGAUUUAUCCUGCUGAGCCAUGCUGCAAGAAAAUGAUACUGAAGAACUCUCUCCAGUGCAGGGUGUGAUAGGUGACUUAUCCCAUGUUGCAGAUUAGUGCAGCAUUUGAACAGGGCCUGGAAAAUAAGUUCCCAUCUUGAGAAAGUGGGUAGUAGGAUAAGUCAUGCCCACCAUGAGGCAUGUAACUCCAGGAAUGACCUCAUAUAAGACUUAUCUAAUUGCAGCAAGUAAGGUGCCUUUCAUGAUCCCAAAAGAAGAGUUGUUCUUGAUUUUUUUUUUUUUUUUCUAAAGACCGAAGUCCUUUUCAUAAUGCUGGUAAAGGGACUCUAAUACCUACAUGGCUUUAAACUAAAGAGGGUAGGUUUAGAUUAGAUAUUAGGAAGAAAUUGUUUGCUGUGAGAGUGGUGACACACUGGCACAGAUUGUCCAGAGAAGCUGUGUACGCCCCAUCACUGAAAGCUCAAGGACAGAUUGGAUGGGGCUCUGAGCAACCUGGUCUAGUGGAAGGUGUCCCUGCCUGUGGUAGGGGGGGUCGGGAUGAGGUGAUUUUUAAGGUCACUUCCAAACAAUUCUAUGAAUAUGUUACACAGCUUU